GUUCAGUCUCGAGCUGUCAGACCAGAAUAUCGAGCAUAAAGAGGUCAAGGGUUAAACUCUGGCCUUUUAAAACUAGAUUGUAUUGUAUGUGGAGCAAUUUAGCCAUUACUGCAGAGCCAGAUGUCCCUAAUCAAGUGACCGCAUGACUGAUUGACUUUACAUUCAAAUGUGUGAUUGCCUGCGUUAUCUGUCGACAUGUUGGACUCCAAUGACUGCAUCUUGUCCCUGGACAGUUUAUUUUUUGAAAAACCAAUUGUCCACAAAGUAAAGCCACUGCACCAGGAGCCCAGUCCAUGGCAGCUGGAAGCACCUCCAUCUCUUGCUCAUAUCCCAGCCACUCAGGAUAUGCAGGAGGAGGCAGAGUCUCUCUCUACCCUAUACAGUUUCUCACAGAAGCCCAAGAAGUUCCGCCCUCCUUAUAAAGAAUCUGCAGGCCUUAAGGUUUUACCAACAAAAAUCAACUGCUGGUACAGUUUUAACAAUGAUGAGAAAAAGACUGAAGUUACUGAAGGUGGUACUAGCAGCAGCACCAUCAGGUGUGGCAGCCUUUGGGGAGGUGAAGGGUUCAGGGAUUACUCUCAGGGAUGCUGUCAGAGUGGCAGAGGUGGAGAUGAAACCCCGCAGGACUCUGGUCGUACAGGAGUCCACACUUGUUUGGCUCGAGAUUGCACCAAAAGCCCACCUUUACGGAGAAGGUUGUUCAAGAUUCAGGCGCUGACCAGUGGAGGUGACUCGUCAAACACAGAUGACCUCAGUGGCAGUGGCAGCAGCAGCCAGACAACAUCCAGACUUCAAACUUUUCUCAGUCAGGUUACCAUGACGACAGUGCCUCCUCCUUUUCAGCAGCCACAGGCGACAGUUGGCCACGCAGCUCCUCCUUUCCCCUCCAAGCCCCCUCUCUCACCCCCUCCUUUGGGCUCAUCUGCAGCGAGUGGCCAACCCCCGCAGCAGGCGCCACAUGCAGAGAUGCAGGACAAGGGCACAAAGAGAGCUUUCGUUCCACCCAUGAUGCCUCAGCCGCUCCACAUACAAGGGUCUUCUGGGUCUGGAGUUUUGCGACCAGUUUCUGAAAUCCCAGUUAGGUUCAGAUCCGUCUUCAACGAGUUCCCCUUUUUCAAUUAUGUUCAGUCCAAAGCUCUCGAUGAUGUGCUUUACACAAGUAAGAACUUUGUGGCAUGUGCUCCCACUGGAUCUGGUAAAACAGUGCUGUUUGAGUUGGCAAUUAUUCGCCUGCUAAUGGAGACACCAGAGCCCUGGAAAGACGUCAAAGCUGUGUACAUGGCCCCGAUCAAAGCUCUCUGCAGUCAGUGUUUUGAGAGCUGGAAGAAGAAGUUUGGUCCUCUGGGUUUGAACUGCAAGGAGCUGACUGGUGACACAGAGAUUGAUGACUUCUUUGAGAUUCAGGACUCCCACAUCAUUCUGACCACACCUGAAAAAUGGGACAGCAUGACAAGAAAAUGGAAGGAUAACUGUUUGUUGCAGCUAGUCAGGCUCUUCCUUAUUGAUGAGGUGCAUGUUGUUAAAGAUACAACUCGUGGGGCCACCCUGGAAGUGGUGGUGAGCAGGAUGAAGGCAGUACACACCUACAGGACGUCACAGAAUCCAGAGGCAGGCAUCUCUAUGAGAUUCGUGGCUGCAUCAGCCACCAUACCGAAUAUAUCAGAUAUAGCAGACUGGCUGUCAAAUGAGGGCGUCCAGGCCACAUAUCUGGAUAUGGAUGAGAGCCACCGUCCAGUGAAGCUGAGGAAGGUGGUGCUUGGAUUUCCAUGCAGUCCAAACCAAACUGAAUUCAAGUUUGACUUGUCACUCAACUACAAGAUGGCCAACAUAAUACAGACUUACUCUGACCAGAAGCCUGCUCUAGUGUUUUGCUCUACAAGGAAAGGAGCCCAGCAAUCAGCUGCAGUUCUGGCCAAGGAUGCUCGAUUCAUAAUGAGCAUUGACCACAAGCAAAGGUUGAUGAAGUAUGCAAACUCUAUUCUAGAUACCAAGCUGAGAGAUCUGAUGAUGUUAGGGGUUGGUUACCACCACGCAGGAGUUGCCUUGUCUGAUAGGAAGCUGAUAGAAGAGGCCUUCACUCUGGGAGACCUACCUGUCCUCUUUACUACCAGGACUUUGGCCAUGGGGGUAAACCUGCCAGCUCACUUGGUGGUGAUCAAGUCCACCAUGCAGUAUGUCUCAGGCUCCUGUGAGGAGUACAGUGAAGCGGACCUGCUGCAGAUGAUAGGACGGGCUGGAAGACCACAGUUUGACACGUCAGCCACCGCAGUGAUCAUGACCAAGAUUCAAACCCGAGACAAGUACAUGCAACUCAUGAACGGGGCAGAAAUCAUUGAGAGCAGCUUACACAGUCACCUGGUGGAGCACCUGAAUGCUGAGAUUGUUCUCCAAACCAUCAGUGAUGUCAACAUGGCUCUGGACUGGAUCCGUUCCACCUUCCUCUACAUCAGAGCCCUGAAAAACCCCACACACUACGGUUUCUCUCCGAAUUUAGACAGAUAUGGUAUUGAAGGAAAAUUGCAAGAACUGUGUCUAAAAAACCUCAACUCUCUGUCCUCCAUUGGUCUGAUCGAUAUGGAUGAGGAUAUCAACAUCAAACCAACAGAGGCUGGCAGGCUGAUGGCAAGAUACUGUGUUGCCUUUGACACCAUGAAACAGUUCAGUGAAGUGGCUGGCACUGAGAAUCUUUCUGACCUGAUCGAGCUGGUGUCAAAGAGCAGAGAGUUCAGCGACAUUCAGCUGAGAAUGAAUGAGAAGAGGCCCUUGAACACUUUGAACAGGGACAAGAACAGGGUUACCAUCAGAUUUCCCAUUGAAGGAAAGAUCAAAACCAAUGAGAUGAAAGUGAACUGCUUGAUUCAAGCUCAGUUGGGUUCCAUCUCAACUCAAGAGUUUGGACUUACACAGGACACAGCAAAGAUCUUCAGGAACGGGAUGCGCAUCAGCAGAUGCCUUUCAGAGUUUCUGACUCAGCGAUCCAAGACAGGUUUCUCUGCUGUGCUGAACUCGUUGAUCCUGGCUAAGUGCUUUAGAGCCAAGCUUUGGGAAAACUCGCCCUAUGUUUCCAAACAGUUGGACAAGAUAGGCCAGUUCCUGUCUACUGCCAUGGUGAACAGCGGACUGACCACUUUCAGCAAAAUAGAACAAACCAAUGGCAGAGAGCUUGAGCUGAUUCUCAACAGGCAUCCACCGUUUGGAAACCAAAUCAGAGAAUCUGUCAUCCAUCUCCCGAAGUAUGAAGUUACUCUGGAGCAGCUGCCGCGUUACAGCGGUGCCACAGCGGAGAUUAUGGUGAGAGUGAACCUGAAAAACCAAGCGCAGCUGCUGUCAAAGAGAACAGCUCGAGACCACCACUAUGUCUCUCUGAUCAUCGGAGACUCUGACAACACUGUCGUCUUUUUGCAGAAACUCACAGACUUCAUGCUGCUGAAGUGUGGUAGCUGGUCGAAGAAGAUUGAUGUGGCAAAAGCCUCUAAAGGAGAGGAGAUCAGUGUCAAUCUGAUCAGCUCAGAAUAUGUGGGCCUGGACAUUCAGCAGAAGUUUACUGUGCACUACUUUGAAGCCAGGAGGUUUGGGACUGAAAAUCCAUACAAUAAAACACACAUUCUUGCUGGACAGAGACCACAGCAGCCUGAGCUGAAACCACCGUCUACAAAUCAGGCUGUGGCUCAGAAGGAAAACGCCACAUGUGCUAAAGACCAAGAUUCAGGCAGUAAGAGACAGUGCAACCACUUCUGCAAGAAUAAGAGUCUCUGUGGGCAUGACUGUUGUAAAGUCGGAGUAUCUGUGGCUAAGAAGAGGUCAGCGAUACAGGAGUCCAGUUUCUCCACCUAUUUGCAAGACCUGAGGAUCAGAUCUGACACUCUGAUGCAGACUCCUGUGAAACGACUCAAGAUGAAAAUGAGUGAGGAGCCCACGUCCAUCAGCAUGCAGGAGUUUGCUUACAAACCCAAACAGAUGCUUCCUCCUGUUUCCCGGUAUGGAGGAAGUAAUUGUAAAGCCUCGCCAAGACCUCACGCUGCGACUGACCUGAAAGAUGAAGACUGUGCUCAACUGCCAGACAUAAUUUGUCUGGAUGACCUUGACAGAGGUGAUGACGACUAUGUGGACGACAUGCACAACAUAGUGGGAGAGAAUAUCCAAAUUCCUGUUUCAUCCAGCGCUCACUAUCAAAGUUCCUCGGUGUGGAUGAUUCCAGAAACAAGUGGUGGGAGUCAGAACACUAAACAACAUCUAAACCAGAUCAAUACCACCAGCUCAGCUUACUCACAGAGGUCCACCACUGUGUCGGAGGAACAAGCUUCAUCCUUCCAAAUACCAACUGUCAGCUUUGACCUUGGAAACGAAUGGGACGACUGGGGAGACUUUGAUGACGAGAACUUGGUGCAUGCCAGCGAGACCUCAUUGGCCUCUUGUGCGACUAAUGCCAGACCUCCGAUCCUGCAGAGUGUAGAGUACAACCUUUCAGGCUAUGCUACUGCACCAGCGCCAGUGUUUCUCAGUUGCUCACAGGCCAAACCCUGUAUUAGCAUGGUCAAUACACCACUUAGAUUGAGUUCAGCAACUGUGAGUCCUGACAUCAGGAAACUGGGACCUUCAUCAGUCAGUCCGACAUUCACACCACAGAAAAGAAUCACACUUGACUGGAAUAAAAAGAGACCAAACAUUUUCAAUGAGGAGAUCACAGUAAAAAUGCCCGAAAAUCCCCUCAAAAAGCCUGAUGAGACCCUAGUGAAUAAAAGACUGGAUUUUUUCUCAACAAUGAGUAUCCCAGUCAGUGCAAGCUCAUCUGUCAACAGAAGCAAAGAAGAGGAAGCGUUCCUUGGCAUAUUUGAUGGUAUAUUUUAGAAGAAUUUCCGGCAUUCUGGCAGGAUACGGCUUUCUUAGUGCUGUCUUUCACUUUAACUUUUGAGAUUUAUAUUGCAUUUUAAAUUGUACUGUUGUACAUUCCUGUUCUCAUUUAUUUAUAUUGUAAACAAAACAAGUUACGUGAGUUGUAAUUAUUACUAAUGUGGUUGCAUUUGUGUAUUUAUUAAUAAAGUCUGUGUUCAUUGGAUGGUUCAA